AAAAACAGAGAAAGAAGAAAAAAGAGCAGAAAUGGGUAAUUGCUUCAUCCAGUAUCACAUUUCUGCAGGGUCGUGUUUGAUUCCUGAAAGCAUCAAGCUCAAAGUCGAUACUGAGAAUUGGUACUGACAGGGAAUAUGGAUGCUGGGAGUGCAGAUGGCUGAGGAAUGCCCUUUUCCAGACUCAGAACUCCUGUGGGGAACUUUGUGGCCUUACAGAGCACAGCACAGCGGUGUUGCAGCUGGUCCCACCAAACCCAGGACUGUUUCCAGGCACACAACUAAGUGAUGGGGCGACAAAUGUGCUGCAGGGUGCCAUUUUUAUGAUCAUUUCUUAUACCCCCUCAAACGAACUGCCUGCUUUAGCAAAGACUGAGACUUGGCCUUGCUUGUAGGGAUGUUCCUGCCCUGCUUUUAACAUCUUCCAUUGAGGAAUGAAGAUACAGUCUGAGAAGGCUCAUGCUGAAGCAGCUCUGUCUGCUAAUGCCUUCCUCCAACGGUGUGUGUGUGGAUCUCAAUUUUGGGGGAGAGGACCCUGUUUAACUACAAAAUGGCUGGUACUGUUAUGUGCUGUCAUGUGUAAAUGUGUGAGGUUAAACUUGCGUGAAAUACAGUUGCAUUGAACUGAAAGUUCUUCAUGGAGAUGAUGAUAGCAAAAACACUGGAGUUGAAAGACACUGGCAUUCAUCUCUGGCUCUACCCAUGCUGUACUGCACAGGCUGCUCCAUGUUUUCAGGGAAAAUGGGUCACUUAAUAUUUAAUCACUUCUGCCUUCUAAGAAGUUUAUUUCAGUCAUCAGGUACCUGCAGCUCAUGUCAGUGGAAAAGCCUUCAGACUGCUAGAAAUGACUUUGCUAACAGGACAAGGAAAGAACAAGUGCAGGAAGAGGCUGCUCAAAAAAAGGUAAAGAACAACGCAGACUCAGCCUGUUCAGAAAAUGUACAUCAGAUUCUCUUGCCUGAUUUUCAAAGGUUUGUUUCACUGAGCUUGAUCUUCCAGAAGAAAAGCUUUAGCUCUGUAUUACUGAACAUUUGCUGCUCAGUCACUAUCAUGGUUGCAUCUAUGAAAGAUGGCCAGCAGUUACAGCUGUGAGCUGUGGUCAGCGCAAAAGUGAGAUUAGAGGGACAGUAAUACUGGUUUGGUAUCUGGUGCCCUUAAAAAUGCUGAGGCUGGUAUUGCUGUCAGUGAGUUACAAGUCUGACUCCUUAUUUUAUUUUUAUUCUAUCUUAUUCUAUUCUAUUUUAUUCAAUUUUAUACUUUUACUUGAUUGCUAUCAUGGCAAAUUCUUCUUGUAUUGUUUCCCCCAAGCCUUCUACUGUCUAGGGGGAAAGAAAGGGUGGAAGAAAAUGUUUUCUAAUAUUUGAAAAAAUACAAAUUCAAUCCAGGGCAACAAAAGAGUUGACUUCAAGUCCUAUCAAUGCCAAGAACACAUAAAGACAUGAUGCUGAGAGGAUUAAUAAAAAAAAACCUAAGAAUACCUUUCACCACAUUACGUAUCGUUCACAAGAAAAGAAGUGCUGAUUUAGAUUGCUUUCCCAGUACCUGACGCCCUGUGGAUCAAGUCACAGCUGUAUUUUUUCAUUUUUACCAGAAGCCAACAAAACCCAAUUCGCCCCAUUGCACGAGCCAGCAUGCCUGCUCCUUAGGGGAAGACGUAUGUAUAUGUAUGUACACCAACCUGUUUGUAUGGAGAGACUUUGCCCUUGCACAGAUAACCUUUCCAACGCUAGGGAGGAAUGUGCUGUCUGGAAGGAAAUGGUCUUUAUUCAAGUAGCAGGAAGAGUCACCUGAACCUCUCAAUCCCUUCUUCCUUAAUGAGUUUCUUCAUAUCCAGCCAGCUUAUUUAGAUGCUGAAACCAACAUCACAGCUGCCUGUGCAUCAAACAUCCACCUGGAGGAAGGGGUGCCAUUCACCUUGGGGCCACAGAGUGAAGAGGCAGCCCUCAGCUGAGCCUCUGGGUGGCUGGAGCAGAGCAGAAACACGUGCUGACGGCUGCUGAGAUAAGAGAGCAGGGAAUUCUCCUUGAAGAACUCCUUGUUGGGAUGCCUCACAUCAGCGCAGCUGCAGCCCUGCAGAUCUGCGCGCUGCUGGCUGCGCUUCCUGCACAGUAUUACAUAUCCCAGUGGUACGGAGCAGAGCCUGCUCAGAGAAUCCGAAUGACACAAAGGUUAAUUGCCUGUGGGAGCAGCUUUACAAAAUCUUACUUGAGCCUGGACCUGUGGGCAGAUCGUUUGAAGCUGUGGCUAUCGGAGGCGAGGCAGGGUGAAGGGAUUAAGACUGAAAGAGCAAAGCUGGUGAACAUCAUAGAAGAGGAGAGAAGGAACUGGUACUACGGAGAAAAGAAAAUCAAAAGUACCAACAAUGAAGCAGAAAACCAUUCUUAUUUUGCAGCGUCAUCUCACGUUCACAGUCCAAAGCCUGAAUCUAUCCAGUUCAGUGUGGGACAGGUGAUAGUUCACAAAAGAUUUGGUUAUUUGGGAGUCAUUGUUGGAUGGGACGUGAGAGCUAAAGCUCCAGAAGAAUGGCUACAACACAAAUAUCCUCCAGAAAAACAGGAUGUAAAAGAUACUCCACACUAUCGAAUUCUAAUUAAUGCAAGUGGAUUGGGCAAAUCUACCGCUUACGAUCCCGAGGAAGAGAUAACAAUUACUGUGGGAUUACAGGUACACCACCCCGAUGUGAAAGUCUAUUUCUGUGGAUAUGAUGGAUCAAAGUAUAUUUUGCAGCCGUGGUUGAGAGACAUCUAUCCUCAUGACUGAAGCAUUCAAGUAUCUGUACAUAUAAUGUACAUCUGGACAACAUAUUUCCUUUAUAAACUGGAGCAAAUAGACACCAAGAUAAAAACUAAUGCAUGGUGGGUUUGUUUUUUUUUUCUU